AUGGCCUCGACGGGACCGAUAACGUAUCAAGAUGCGUUGGAUUCACAAUACCUAUCCCGCUCCAUAUCCAGCUUGUCCCGUUCCCGCUCUACGAACUCCCUGAUCGUUCGGACGUACAAGCAGGCCACUCAGCUCUACCUCACCAAGCGUUUCGAGGAAGCCUACGAGACCCUCGGGCCGAUCAUUAGCCCGCAACAAGCUGUGGGAGCAGGUGAGAACGAGCUAGACGGAGAGGGCAGUGUGCUGGGUGGAGCGGCGCCCGUCGCGCAGAGCUCACGAGGGACGAGGACCAAGGUGUGGGUGUUCUACCUGAGCUUGCUACAUGCCAUCAUCGACCUGGGACCGGAGGAGGGAAAGAACACCUUCGGAUCUGCGAAAUGGAGACAACUAGCGGCCAAGGCUAGAGAAGGAACGAUAUGGGAUGAGAUCGUGAGGCAUGGAUACGGAGGGAAUGAGGGAGAGGUCGAUCCGGAUGUGGUCGUCAAUUUGGCUACGCUUCUGCUAGGACACAUGCCGACGCAGAACUUGAAUCAGCAGCGUCUGGAAGCAUACUUGUCGGCGUCAGCAGAUGCUGCUCACUUGGCAAUGAUGCAAGAUGGAAUUGCGACGCCAAUGUCGAAUGGGACCUCCUCGCCAAAGGAGUUGACAACACAUUUGAAGAUACUGGAGCUCUACUCCCUACAUGUGCUACCUGCCAAUGACGAAUGGGACUACGCGCAGCAGUUCAUUGAGAUGAACGACAUGCUAGACGAGGAGAGGAAGGAGGCUUUCUUGCACGCAUUGGAAUCACUCAAGGACGAAAAAGAUGGCACAGCUCAGCGCGAACGGGAAUUGGAGGAGCUCCGAGAGCGCGAGAUCGAAGAACAGCGAGCAGCGGAGGAAGCGAGACGGAAAGAGGAAAACAGGAGGGACGAAGAGCGCAGGAAGGCUGCUGAGGCUGAAAAGGCGCGUCCGCCCAGCUCCUCAGCCAACACUCCACCAUCAUCGUCACGGCCACCGACAAACGGCAAGGGUAUCCAGAAACCUGUGCCAUCUCAUGCUGGAUCCAAACCUCCGAAGCCGCAGAAAAAAGUCCGCACUCCAACGCCAAACCUGUACAGCCGCGCGUCAUCGGUGCUAAACAAUCUUCAACAAAUGAUACUGCAAGCCAGCCGCAACGUCACUGGCAACAGCAUGGCUAUGAUGCGCCUCUUCAUGUUCAUCAUCGCUUUUGUGCUUCUUCUGGCCCGCCGAGAUCUACGAUUGAGAUUGAAGCGCGCUCUCGAGGAGAGUUGGAUGAAGGUGAAACAGACUGUCGGGAUGGGCGUGAAGGUCUCGUACAUAUGA